CAGCAGGUUGCAAUGCCACGUCCCCGUCGAAAGCAUGCCUAUAUAGGUACUGCACAGAGGCGGGGAGGAUAGUGGGCGAAAGCGUCGUCCCGAUUGCUGUAGGGAGGCUCCCUAGGCUGUGCUGUACCUACUUAGCGAUGGACCUCUGGGCGGCCUGCUGUUAAAACUCCUUUUCUCGUUGGUGGCUCGGAUUCUCGAACCACGUUCUCCAUCCCCUCUCUCUUCGCUUCGAGCUCUCGAAGCCCUCGUCGUCACUCGGUUUCACAGCUCCAAAAUCAAGAGAGCAUAGGCUGGACUACUUCCCCUUGGUCUCGGCUGCUGUUCCUCCGACUUCUCUCUUCUGUCCUUCACCCCUCUCCCCGUUGCUAGCGCACUAUCGUCCGUACUAGCGGCCGAGUCGCGAUCGAGAUGGCGGUUCGGCCUGGUGAGGAGAACGUUGCGACGCUUUUCGGCGACGUUCACUACUUUUACGGACCUCCUGAAGCACACCCGCCUCACCAUCGCUUCGACAAGGGUUCUUAUGUUUACCUGUUCGAAAAUGCGAAUGACCGCAGGGCCCGCAUUGAGAUCGCGAACCAGCCGGGCACAGACGACCAAGAUGCAUUUGACGGAUCCCUAGAUAGAACCCGGGUCCGGUAUUCCUACAAGCAGCAGUGCCUGGUCAACAUCUUAGUUGAAGGCGUUCCCGGCCCGCCGAUAGAUCAAAGCCAGUGGCAUCUCCCAACCUUCGACCCGCGGAACGAGAACAAGUACCACUACAAACUACACUCUCUCGAUAUCUACUUCUGGACUCACGACGAUGCCCUGCAAUUUGUCAAUGGCGUGCGUCGGGUCCUCCCUGCAUCCCAAGUCGAGGUCGCCGACGAGCCUAGCCCGCCGCCGCAUCUGUACGGCCAACCCCAAGGCCCGAUCUCGUUGGUCCAGAAACUCGAGAACGUGGCCAUCUCGGACCCACAGUAUUCAUCGCCCAAGCCGGCACCCCAAGCCGUGCCUACUUUCGCGCCUCCUCCGACCUCGGGCUCGCCGUCAGGCAGCCAGAGAGAUUCGUCGCAAAGCUUCGCACCGAUACCGUACAAUCCAGCGGCGCCGGCGGCCGCGGAGCAGAGGAUACACCGUGAGAAGACUCCUCCGCCGGUUGAAGAUGACGGGCACGACCCUCUCGCGGCCGCCGUCGCGCGAGACCACGUCGCUCCAUACACUCCCGGGCACGGAGCCGUUACUUUCCCCGGCCCCCCACCCCAGCCUCGGCCCGGGGUGGUAAGUCCCGGCCUAGCAAGCCCGGGCCUCACGAGUCCAGGCUUCCCGCCGUCCCAGUUCGCACACACGAAUCUGCAACGGUCGACGACGAUGCCCGUGUCAGGCCUGGCGUCGCCGGGACUCGUGAGCCCCUAUGGCGGCAAUUUCCCGGGUUCGCCCGGAUUCGCGCCUCCGCCACCUCCGCCCCCACAGAGCACGCAGCACCACCAGCCAACACCGCCACCAGCUGUCCAGAGCCCCGGCUUACCACCAGCGCCUCCGGGAGGCUACUCGCAGUACAACUACACAACCUCGCCGCAGGCGAGCGCAGGCGCGGGCGCGGGAACGGAUUACAACAUCCACCAGCAACUGUACCGGCCGACGGAGCAGGAGCACGCAGCCAAGUACGGGCAGUACAAGCCCAAGACGGAGCACCAGAGCAGGCUGGGGCAGAACGCGGAGCGACUGGAGAAGGGGGUCACGGGGAUGCUGAAGAAGUUCGAGAAGAGGUUCGGUUAGCGGCCUGGGCUUGUACAUCAUUAUAUACCUACCUGCAAAAGAGGAAGGGGGGCCUAGCUCUAGGAGGUCUUUUUUUUUUCAGCGACAGCACGCAAAGGCUAUCUUAUUGUCUUUCUUUUACGGGAUGAGCUGUCGGACGCGGGAGAAAUUUGUAUUUAGGGGUAGAUCAAACCGUAGCAAGGUCAAGUCGAAGAAUCACGGCACAGCAGCAUUCGGACCAAGUUGCACCUACAAACAGG